CUCACUUCCCCCUUUCGGCAGACACGUCUUCAUGAACUUACUUUCACUUCAUAAACCUGUUGGUGCGAGCCUGUCAAGAUGUUGGUUUGAUUAGAGUGGUUGCACUCAUGUUGACCGAGGAGGAAUCAUUUCCACUCGAUGUUCAUAGCAUCACAGUGGAUGUAAACUCGUCCAACAUGUCUGUGGAGGCGGCUGUGAGGCCCGAGCAGGGCCCGGUGGAGUACCGCAUCUCAGGCCUGAUUUUCUACUGCGUCGUCUUCGUCAUAGGAGUCGUAGUCAAUGUCACUGCUUUAUGGGUGUUUGCCCUGACCACCAAGAAGAGGAACUCAGUCACUGUCUACAUGAUAAACGUGGCAAUAGUGGACCUCACCUUCAUCCUGCUGCUUCCUUUCAGGAUGGUUUACCACCACCAGGACCACUGGCCCUUUGGAGACCUCUUUUGCCGCAUAAGCGCCGCUCUCACCAUCUUCUACCCCUGCAUGGCCCUGUGGCUGUUUGCCCUGAUCAGCGCCGACCGCUACAUGGCCAUAGUCCAGCCGAAGCACGGCAAGGAGCUGAGGAACGUCCCGAAGGCCGUGGUGGCCAGCUUGGGCGUGUGGCUCAUGACCUUAGGCAGCACUGUGCCCCUGAUCUUCUCGGAUAAGGACCCCGACCGCAUCUCCAACUUCACCACGUGCAUCAAGAUGCAGGACAUCAUCUACAUGCGCCACGACAACCUCGUCAACUUCGUGCGGCUGAUUUUUUUCUUCCUCGUCCCCAUAUGCAUGAUGAUCGGCUGCUACUACGUCAUCGUGGACAAUCUGAUCCACGGACGCACCUCCAAGCUCAAACCCAAAGUGAAGCAGAAGUCCAUCCGGAUUAUCAUCACGCUCAUCGUCCAGGUGCUGGUGUGCUUUGUGCCUUUUCAUAUUUGCCUGGUGCUGCGUUUGGUGGGGAGAAGCGAAGACGGGGGGUAUAACACCGGGGCAGUCUUCACCACUUACCUCAUGAACCUAAGCACAGUGUUGGACAUCAUCCUCUAUUACAUCGUCUCCAAGCAGUUCCAGGACCGCGUGAUCAGCGUGAUCCUGUACAGGAACUAUCUGCGAAGCGUGAGGCGAAAGAGCAGGCACACUCACACGGGCAGCGUCAGGUCAAUGAGCAACCUGACCAGCGCCAUGAUAUGAAACAACUGUGAUACUGUGCGCGCUCUGGCAACACAGAAUGCUUUCGCUGUGUACGCGGCUGAUUAUCAAAAGGAUCAAAACUUGCAAUUAAUUUUCCAAGGAGUAAUUUACACUCACAGUAUGGGAGUGCUGCUGUUGUGGCAAAAACAUCUGUGUUCAGAGCUGAUUGAUUCACCCAUGAGACUUGAGAUGUUUUUUUGUUUUUUUUUUCUUUUUUUUCUCUGGUAGACAGAGCACGGGUGGCUCAGGUGUGUUACAGGCAGGUGAAAAUAAUGCUCAUCAACAUUUACUGGCAAAGCGCUGCCCACGGUACCUUGGUUUUGUUGUGCACAAACACUGAAACUGUUCUCACGCAUCUCGCUAUAUCAGCCAAGAACUAUAAAGACCCUGAAAGCCUCCGCGGGGAGGAAACAUACAGGAAACAAUGGUGGGUUUCUCAAAGGUUACAGCUUUCGUCUGGCCACUGUGUCUUUUUUGUCUUUUUCUUUUUUUUUCUUCUCUGCCUCCGCGGCUCUACAGAGGAGGAGCGAUCAAACGAGAGCGUGAUGUCACCCGUGCGAGGUGCAAAUGGAGUCUGACUGGUUUAAUUUUAUAUUUGUGGCGUUUUAGUCACUCGAUACGGGAUAUAAUUAGAGCCCACGGCACAAGUUGCUGUUGUAAAUUCAUUGACCAGUUGAUGGCAGCAUGGCACAGCUAGAUCCCCACCUACCUGCAACAGUGAGCCCAUCUUUACUUUUGUGAAGUUAACACUGAAAGCUGUUAUUUUCAAACUAAAAUGCUCCUUUAACAAUUUCCUUCUGCUGCUCUUAUUCAUUACAGCUGGCUUAAAAGAAAACAAACAAACAAAAAAAAAACGUUUCAGUUGUCAUUUCUUUGAAACAAUCCCUUCACCUCGUCACGCGGGGCGGUUAACAACAGUCGUAACAGCCUCUUCGAGCGAGAAUCCGACCAAAGUGUGUUUACAGUGCAAUGCGAAUAGUAUUGAUUAGAUGUUAAAUGAUUCAGUCGCUCGGAGUGCAUUUACAGUAACGCACUCCAGAGAUGUCAGGGAGGCUAUUUGCGAGAUUUAAAGCCGCCUUAACCUUAAAAGAGAAAACCUUUUCUGCACUUCGGUGUCAGGUCUCCGUUACGAGCGCGGGCGCCGAGCUGCAAAUUUAUUCGCCGUUUGCGCAACAAAAAUGACGGACGAGUAACCGAAUGUGUGACAGCUCUGUGCCUGUGACGAGGAUGUAAAAAAAGAACAAAAAAAAAACUCAUGUUUGAAUGAUUGUGAUAGGCCCGCUGCACACGCAUCACCCAAGAGUUUGAUGGUGCUAAUUGUAAAAGAAAACUCGAGUCACCACAAAAGUCUGAAGUGCAUUAGAUGGUGAGGCGGUGUCAGUGGGUAGUGUCUAUGUAGCGUCUCUUUCAACUAGACAGUCAAAGCCCUCUAAGAUGUAACCACAUGGAACAUAACAAUUCUCAGAACACUUAUCAUAUGGCUGAUCAGUCGCUAACGCAGACUGUGGCCCUCGCCGCACGCUGCAGGAAGAUGGACUUAACUAAAGGGAGGUUUAAAGAGACACACAAGCACCCUCGCUCUUGUGACUCCGUUGUAAAGGGAUACGCUGCACCCGGAGUCCAUAUGGCGCUCGGCUGACUCGAAGAAGCGGCCCGCGCGAUACAGACGGGGUAGAUUUACACUGUGUUAAAUACAAGAAGUCAGAGUACAAGAUUUUCAUCUCACAGAGAAUUCUGGGAAGUGCAGUUCAUCAUACGGUGAAAGGUUUAUUGGCCUGCGGAAUACGAGUGGAUUUAUAGCCGCGGGGGUCAGAGGUCAAAUGAAACAUCAGAGGGUCGUCUAUCUGUCCCACCUGUUAGGCAUCAAAGAAAAACCCAGCCACACCGCUCACAGCAACUGGCAUUUAAAACAAUUAAGUUUCCUGUCAAGUCCCUGUGAUGAAUUAUCCGGAAGCUUUACCCGCUGUAAUUCUAAAUCUUCCCAACAAGUGCCUUUGUUGUAGAGAAAUUAAUGAAAACAAGAUUGUCUUUCAUAGGAGCUGAUCUAACAGCGCGACAGCCAGCUGCUCUUCUUUGGGAAUAAAAACAGUCAGCAUUAAACACAGCUCACAUAGAAUACUUUUUUUUUUUUUCCUUUUUUUUUUCCACCACUCGUGUGGAAAACAAAUCAGGCGGCAGGCGCACUGGCCAUCUGUUUUGUUAUUUGAUAUGUGUGAAUACAUGUUGUAAUGACUUUGUUUGUGAAUCACUCUGCGCGGCAGAACACACGAGAGCUCUCGAAGUGCUGGAGUGUUCAAAGCUAAUCAUAUAAUUGGACACAAUAGUCGAUGACAAAUGGAGACGCUCGGAGCCAGCCAGCUGGGGAAGUGAAUAUGUAAUCAUUGUAAAAUCAUAUCAUUUUUGCAUAUUUGAAGACAGCUUAAUAGAGUUUGCGUGUCAGCACACCACCAAAUGAUGAUCAGAGACAGCGUCGCUGUAUUUGUUUUCCAAGCCGCGCUUUGUUGGACUAUUUAUCUUUGCGAUUAAAAGGGUUUCUCGAGA